GACAAAAAGCUGAAUAAUAAAUCUAAGACUGAACAUUUCUUGCUCUCAUAGAAUGGCUACAGUGGCAUGAUGACACAGAGCACACAGGACACUACAUCAUCAACGUCCAGAACGGUGAAAAUGGAGUCUCCUGUUAUGACGAGUGAAAGCGGCCCUGGCCACCACAUCCCUUCCCCUGCAGUCACACCUUCCCACUCAACACCGAUCCCCUCGCUCAACAAUCAUGUGACCAGUACUCACUUAUCUGGAUCGGCCCUUGCCAUGAGUUCCUCCAUGAUAAUGAGUAAUGAGGAGAGCAGCAGCAACCUCCAUGCCUUUUCAUCAUCAUCAUCAGCGAGUCAAGCUGUCAAUCCCAGUCUUUCAACUCCACUUGCUGUCAGCAGCUCAAACACCAACAGUCUACACCCAUCUGGAGCACCGGGACUAACUGCUAAUGGCUCAAACACCACACUUUCAGCUGCAGGCAGCCGCACGGCGCCCCUGCUCACCACCACCUCUGGUAAAGCUCCUCCCAACUUGGCUCAAGGAGUGCCACCUCUCCUAGCUAACCAGUACAUCAUGGGCCCUGGUGGCUUGCUCCCUGCUUAUCCGCAGAUCUAUGGAUACGAGGACUUGCAGAUGCUACAGUCCCGCCUUCCUAUGGACUAUUAUGGUGUAACAUUCCCUGGUACUACAGCUAUUGUGCCUGGGAGAGAUGGCCUGGCCAAUAAUCCAUAUUCUGGUGAGGCAACAAAGUUUGGCAGAAAUGACUCUUUGUCUCCAGCUCCCCCAACCAGCCUGUCUAUGGGGGUGCCGUCGCAGCCCCAGCAGGCACCGCAGGCAGGUACGCAGGGCCAGGGCCAGGGACAAAGCCAGAGUCAGCAAACACAGAACCAGGCCUUCCUCAACCCCGGUCUGCCCCCUGGCUAUGGCUACACUGGUCUGCCAUACUACGCUGGUGUCCCUGGGGUGCCCUCAGCCUUCCAAUACGGCCCCACCGUCUUUGUGCCUCCUGCUUCAGCCAAGCAGCCUGCAAUGGGCCUGGCCAACCCCUCCAAUCAGUACCACCAACAACAUCAGCCCAGUUAUGGACAGCAUGCAUAUGGCACAGCCUUUGAUGACCUGUCUCAAGCCCACGGUGGAGAGUACAGUAAGGGAGGGUACGGAGGCUCUGCCCAGUCACAGGCCAAGUCAGCGGGCAGCGGCCCAGGGAAAGCACCAGGACUGUCAGGGUCAGGUACCAGUGGAGGAGUGCCUGACAUGGGAAGUUCCAUCUACAGCAAAACACAGUCAUUUGACAAGCAGGGCUUUCACACGGGGACACCACCUCCCUUCAGCCUACCUUCAGCACUGGGGGGAACGGGGCCGCUGAACGCUGGGGGUGCUCCUGGCUAUGCCCCUGCCCCCUUCCUACACAUCCUGCCACCGCACCAACAGCCCCACUCCCAGAUGCUGCACCAUCACCUCACACAGGACGGACAGGGUGGCCCUGGUCAGCGCAGUCAAUCCAGCAGCAUGCAGCAGAAAACCCAAGGCAGCAAGUCCAGCUACGGCAGCUCCCCCUACUGGGCCAACUGAGGAAUGCGUCCUACUCCCCCUCCUCCAAAAGGCUGUGUGUGUGUGUGUCCAUGU